UCUUCUUCUUGGAUUUAUCUUUAUUGUGAAACUUUUGCAAAAACUAAUAAGGUUUCAAAUAAAGAGUCAAGCAAUGGCACAAGUCGCUUUCCUAGACAACCUGCUUAGGGAAUACCUAGUUUUUCGAGGUUUCUCAAGCACCUUGAAGGCCCUCGAUGUGGAGCAGCGUACUGAAAAGGACCAGCACUUCCGUGCAGAACGAAUCCUGGAGCAAUUCAACAUUGCCGUGCAAACGUCCGACCUUCAGGGUCUCAGGAGUUUGUGGUUUCACCUGGACAACAACAUGUUCUCCAAGCUGGAGCACACCUACGCCGUCGCUGUCAAGAAACUGGAAAACAGCCUCCUUAAAUACUACCUGGUGACCGCCUACAGCAGCAAUCGCCCUGAGAAGGUAUCCGAGUUCUUUAACAAGUUGGCGGGCGAUCUGCAGCAGCAAAGCGAGUGGAAGGAUUGGUUCUACUUUCCCUUUUGCAAAAACGCUGAGGAGUCGCCAGCUUUUGCCCUGUUCUUCACCAAGCAAUGGCAGGAUACAUUGCUUCUGUCGCUGCGCAACUUCCUGACCACCGUAUACCAGUGUCUGCCGCAGCCCACAUUCGUGCGUGCGGAGCAGGAGGCGGCCCACAUGCAGCGACUUAGUGAAGACAACGCUGGUCUCCGCACCAGGGUACUCAACUUGCAGCAGGAGCUGCACCAGGUAACCCAGCACCAAUCAGGAACUAUGGCCGCCGGAGCAAGCGGAAGUUCUCUCGGCGGUGGGACCGAUAAUGGAGCCCGCCGACGCAGCGUAUAUCGCCAACAGCAGAGCCUGAGCGACAUUCUGCCCUUCGACAUCAGUCCUCCUGGACACAUAGUCGACGAUUUCUGCAUCAUUGCCUCCGAGGCGAACAGCGUGAGCCAGGCCAGCGACGCCCAGGCGCGAAGCCUCAAGCAGUUAAUCCGUAACAUCGGAUCGGGCAGUUCGCCUGUGAUGGGACGCAAGGAACAGACAGCCAGUUCCCUGGGCGAAAAGUCUACCAAACGCAGGUCCGGCAGCGUGGGACGCAGUUGGAUUUAAGAACCUACACAGGUAACUAUACAACGCUAAUAUUAUUUUUCCUAAAGGUUAUCUAUUACAAAUUCUAAAGCGUCGAGAUCAAAAUGUACCACUUUAGUUUUUAAAUUAGUUAAUUCGUAGACAUCCCAAAUAUUUUAUGUUCA